AUGGCGACCGCUCGCCUUAUAAGGCAAGAGGCUGCCUUUGACUGGUCAAAAGCUCCCGGACCUCCCCUCGCCCCUCAUUGGGCAGUUCAGCCUUGUGCACGGCUGGGAUGGCUGGAGCCCCGGGAAGUCCGCCAGGUCCUAAAGGGAGCUAUGUUCUUUGCUUCUUCUUCUUCUGCUGCUGCUCCUUUCUAUCUCGUCAACACCCCCCCCCGCGCGCCCUGUUCCUUUCCCCCCUUCUUCUCUCUUUCUCUCACUCCAUACCCCCCCCAAUUUCUUUCACCCAGCUUUGAAACUCAGAGCAACAAAAGUAAGAUUUGAAGGGGGAAUUUUUCUUUUAAAAAGAAGAAGCAUUAUACAUAUUUUAUUUAUUAUGGGAAUGAGGGAUCUAGCAAUGAUUUUUUUUUUAAUAGUCUUGAUUUUGCGCGCACACACAGACACACACAGACACACAGACACACACACACAUAUGCGAGAGGGUGGGUGGAGGUCGGGACACCACUUCUUUUUAAAGGAUGCUAGACAGGUCUUUGUGAGACGACGGACUUUCUGAACUCUUUUGCUGGGAGACCAACAGUACGGUCCACCCCCCUGUGAAAGGCUGAGGCUUGAGGAAGAGAGACAGCUCUAUCCUCUUCCUGCCACUGUUGCUGAGCUUAGGUGAGGAAAAACAAUUUCGUUCUUAUAGGGAAGAGUCAUUUCAGCUGAGCAGUGGCGUUAGGGGAGCUAUAUGUGCCUGGGUUAAAGAAAUUAGACAAACGCAGCACUGUAGACAGCUUGGGUCGCAGCGGUGCUGACACAGAUUGACACAAACGCUGCCCAUUUCGGAUUAAAGUUCUACAGGUAGGUGGGUUGAACUUUUAAUUGCUUGAUGACACGCAAGUUAGAGAAUUCUUUGUCUGCUUUUCUUAAAAAAGAAACACCCCUUCUUUUAAAAAAAGAAAAAGGAAGGAAAGAGAAUACACUCUAACCUCGGCACGAUGGUCUUGUAGGGAGAUCUAUGGAUACAAACACUAACUUGCUCUCACUUUCUGACAUGGAUGUGCAGCGAGGGAGGCCGUUAAAACUGGAUUUCGAGCAUGUAGAUAAUUCCCAUUUCUAGCUUAGGAAGUCUCAGCCUUCCUAACACUCUAGAGGAGGCUGGCCCGUUUUGGGAAAAGAUGCAGAUAAACUGAUUUGCUGGCACUGCGUAGGAAUCUUUUGAAAGCUGCUUGCUCGACACAUACAUUAGAUAGACAUCUAUCAAUGUAUAGGGGCGCACACAUCAGAGGCUAGGGUAACAGACCUCAGAAUACUUAACCACACACUUCAUUGUUCCCUGAAGCCUGUAGCAUUCCAAGAACCCAUUCCCUUUGCUCCAAAAUCCAAACAGAAAUGGGGAAAAUUAGCAUACAAAUGCACACAUGCAUACAUACGCGCAGAACGCCUGGCCGCCUGUACAUACUCCCAAAUGGGGAGACAUCUAACCCAGAUGCCUUCUCAGGAGGAAGGCGAUGAUAGCGAGGAAGGGGGAAAAAUCAGAGAGGAAAAGGGAGGAAAAGGAUGGAGUUAAUCAAACCCAGAAAACACAUUUACAGCCUUUUCGCAUUGGAUUGGAAAGACCCAAAGUUCCCCCCUCUCUCACCACCCCUUAAGAAAGCAUAUUUCCUCUUUUAUGUUAACAGGAAGGAAAGGGGGAGAAUUUCAGAACAAAACAAAACACCCAAGCAUGGCGAAGUACAUUUGAACCUCUGCAACUUGAUUUAAUUUUAUAGCCUUAGACGAGGUUACAAAUUUAAGUCAUCGCCUAGCUGUGGGAUCUUCUCGCGCUGCAAUCUAGAGGCAAACUGACCUCCAGGCAGAGAAGUAAGUGUUCCAGCGAAAUACAUUUGCUGAGAAGGACAAGAGAAAAAUGAUAAAUGGCAGGCUAGAAACAGACUCAAAACUGAGAGUAUAUAUAUUUAUAUAACUCAUAUAUACCCGCACACGCACUUGCACACAUAGACUUCUUGGAGUGUGUGUGGGUGUAUAUAUAUAUAUAUAUAUAUAUAUGUAUAUAUAUGUAUAUACACACACACACAAAUACACACGAGGUAUGUCCAAGACACAUAUUAAAUGAGACAAUGGGGAUCCCAGAUACAUGAGACAAAUAUCUGGAUCUGGAGCUGUAACCCUUUCCAUCAGCUCAACGCUAUCACGUUGCCACGUUCGUACCACCCACCCCUUUCUGCUGAAGAAAUAAAUGUCUGUUGCUAAGCUUGCAGGUGCUACGGACGAAGGCAGGAAAGUUGUAACAUGAACUCUGCUUGUUACUGGUCCUAGUGAGGAGCCUGGCAAUAUUGUCCGUUUCAUACGGUCAGUUUCAAAGCGAGCGGUGGAAUGUUCUAUUGAUUAGAAGGACUUGGCCGCCUUGUAAACAGUGGAAGAUGCCCUCUAUGAUCCAGAAGAGAUGGAAACAAUCGGCCUCUAGGAUUGCAGAGAACUAGCGCCUUGAUACACCCCCUCCAUCUCUCUCUCUCUCAUAUAUAUAUAUAUGUGUGUGUGUGUGUGUGUGUGUGUGUGUGUGCGUUUCAGAGUAUAGAAAUAUAUAUAUAGGAUAUAUAGGUGAUCGCAGCCUAUAUAAGGAAAAUUCUCCCCAUAUAUCACCACCAUAUCUUAUUUUAUCAGAAGAAAUCUUAUGAUUCUGCUGAAUGCAAAGACUACCAAAAUAAAAAUUAAAAAACCCGAAAGGGGAAAUAACGACCCUUCUGUAUUAAUCGUUUUCCUGCAGGAUCUUAAAAAGAGAAAGCAACUAAUCACUGAGAACUAAAAUAGACGGAGCUCACUCAAGCCCUAACAUCAAAUGCUUUGAUAGUGUACGUCUGUUCAUCCAAAGGAUGGAACUAUUAAAAAUAGCAGAGGUGGGGAGUUGGCAAGUUCAUGGCUGACUGGCUGUUCAUUCUCUCUUUCUCUCUCUCCCCCCUCCCCACAUUACACAGCAACAUAGGAUCGCUUAAAGAGAACGAUUCUCAAACCAAUUCAUCAUCCAUAACUGUCAAUUUUCAGAGCUCAGUUAUAAUCCCAGACCUUAUUUAUUGCCUUGCAAGUAAGGGUCCAUUUUGCAACUUCUGGGGAGAAGCAAUAGUGGUAUUAAUAAUACCUAUCCACGUUCCCAUUUUUUAAAACAGGUGUACAAUCAUCAGGAGAUCCGGGCUGUUAAUAGAAAAAAGUGUGGAAUAUUUUAAGGAAAACGUUAGGCUAAGCGAAGUGGGGAAGCAGGGACCCCCCCUCUUUAUUUUUUCCUGGCGAAAGGUGCGGAGAUGGGGAGAGUUUGGUAAAACAACAACAAUGACAACAAGAAACCCUCCCUUCAGUUCUUCCUGGCUUCUUUGCAACGAAGUUUGGACCCUCUGAAGUGAAAUCAGUGGGGGGAAACCGCUGGGUUACGUGGGGGGAAGACUCAAUGAAUGCUCACUGUGUUGUUUGCCUCCCCCCCCCCCGCGUCCCCCUCCCAGCUCCAUCCGAAGAGCUAUGAAUGGGGGAAAGUGGCCCUCCAUUGUGCGACACUGAACUUUCAAGUCAAUGUAAUUUUUAACCACUGGCUUGUGGUACUUUGAAAAUCACCAGGGGCUGUCAGAGUCGGGCCCUCUGAAAAAUUUACAGUGCUAAAUUAGAACAUAUGCUAGGAGAGCGAGAGAUGGAGAGAGAAAGAGAGGACAGAAGUGUGUGUAUUGGUGUGGGGGGGGGGAGGAGGAAGAGGACCGGCUGGAAGACUCCAGAAGUACAGUAUGCGUCUGCCCCCUAGCGUAAGUCUUUCAUCGGCCUGAAAAAAAUCCAACUUUCAAAGAAACGCUGCUCUUAAAGGGAAAGGGACGUGGGGGGACGACGUAGGCAAAGCGAGACGGGGGGAGGCAAGCAACUCCUAAACUUCUGUACGUUUAUAAUAUGAUUAAUUCCUCCGGAUUGCCAGUUAAGGAGCUAUGUCAUUUAAAAAAUAAAAUAAAAUAACAUCUUUUUGUGCUCCGGACUUGCAAACUUCCGAAAAAAAUGUGAUUUUUUUUUAAGGGAGGAGGCGACAUAGGAUGGAUAAGGAAUCCCCCCGCCGGUCUAAUAGGGAGAAGCGAGUGUGAGCGAGUGAAUGUGCGUGCGUGCGUGCGUAUUUCUCGCGCUAGGGAAAGUCUAGAGCUCUUCCACGCGGCUUUUUUGUUUUUUUUAAGUGACAUCAGCCUGAAGAUUAUUAAUCCCCCCCCUCCCCAACUUCCAACAAUUAAAAGGAACAAACAAAACUUUGCGCCUGGAAACCUGGAUUUGGCAACAGACAUCCCCUCUGGCGAUGGUGAGUACCUCUACUUUAUCAUCCAUCAGAGAUUUUAAGGGGGUAAGGAUAAAGCGGGGCUGCGGAACGGGGACUGCAAAGAAGGCUAGUCGUGAAACUCAAUUUUGCUCCUGGAAGAAGUGGGGGGGGGGGGAGAGAAACCCAAGCAAAAACGCACGUGGCUACAAAUUCUUGCAGUUUCAUUUCCUAUUCCCUGCCUUAGAGAGGUCCCUUUUCCUCCCCCCCCCCUUUUCAAUCACUGCUUAUAUCCACAGCAAUACGACCUUGAGAUUUUAGACUGGUUCUGACUCAGAGAGGCAUCAUCAUCAUCGAAUCCGAACCGGAUUUAGAAGGGGGGGGUACCCUUUGGAUAGCUGGAAAAGGGGCUUUAUAGAGAAGCAUAUUUUUCACGACAUACACCCACACACACAGGGACCUUUCUCUCAAUUAGUAGUUGAUGUAAAGUCCACACACACACAUCGUCCCCCCCCCUCCACGCUCCCGGCACAAAUCCCGCCCUCCCCACGUAACCUUUGAAAGCAGAGUUUUCGUCCCCGACCCUCAAACCAUUGACUUCGGGGGUGCGGGGGAAGUUCUCUGAAUUUCAACGCAGGGCAUUACUUUUGCGCUUCGGAUUUCAGCCUUUAAAAUGAAAUAAGUAAGGAAUGAGAGGGGGGGGGGGAGAGACCCGCACGGCCACAAACCAGGUCGCAAGGAGAAGGGGAGAGAGAGAGAGAGAGAGAGAGAGAGAGAGAGAGAGAGAGAGAGAGAAAUUUAAAAAAGAGAAUGAAACAUACCCAAAACAUAUUUGCCUUGUUCAAGAUCCCAGAUCGCUUGCAUCUUCUUCCUGUUGUUUGGCAGCUGAUGGCUUUUAAAUUAUUAUUUUUUUAGGAAAAAAAUUGGGCAGGAGAAAACCCCCCCUUAGGCAAUGAAAACGUAUCGCCCUGGUAUUUAUCUUAGCGAUUGUACAAACUGAUUUUGGAAAAGAGAGCGAGGGGUGGUUACUAUUGGGGGUGGGGGAGAACCUGAAGGGAUCAGCCAACGAAAAAGAAAAAAAGAAAAAGAGCGACGAAAAGAUAAGAUCUUUCUCAAUCUAUAAAGGAAUGUGUUUUGCCCCCCUGUGUAUUUUGAGCGUGGAGCCUUGGAACAGGCUGCAGGGAGGAGAAAUGACAAUAAUAAUAAUAUCCUAUAUAUGCACACUCUUAAGUUUAAACAGAGCGGGUCCGAGGGGGAGUUUGCUUCACAGCGGUUGAAGAAUGCGCGCCUAGCCUUUAAGAAAAAAAAGGGGGGAGGAAAGAGCCCCCACCCAAACGUUAAGGUAGCAGAUAUCUAUCUUCUCAUUCCUUAGAAGGAAGAACGCCUCGUUGCACCUUGUUUGGGGCAGGAAAGACGACACUUUGGAACACACACAGACACACACACACCCCUCCCCCGAUUGGAAAAGAGGAGAGAGAGAGAGAGAGAGAGAGAGAGAGAGAGAGAGGAAUGCGCCUUCCAAAUUAAUGCACGUAUUGGUAGAGAUGGACUUCCAAAGCGGAAAGUCAUCAGAAAUCGGGGUUAGUAGGACUUCAGAGAGUAUUAGUUUUUCAGGCAAUGAAGGAAAAGAGAGGUAUAUUUAAAAAACCCCACACCGAAUGGAUUGGGGGUGGGGUCUUGGGCGAAACAGAAUGAGCUGGGGCAAAAAGUUCGAAGAGUUAUAAAUCCGAAACUUCCUCCCCCCUCCCUCGCCACUUUUCUCCUUCACCCUCUAUCAUGGGAUCCCCUUGAUCUGGAGCGUUUAAAGCGACCCACAGAUAUCUGAGGUCCUUUAUGUGCUUUUCAGACUUGGUGCUAAUUUAAAUGAAACAAAAAUACCAACAAAGAUAACCUCCCCUUGUGUUAAUACAGACACCCCCACCACCACAAUGGGGAAGGAAAAGCACCUUUUGAAGUCUCCCCAGAAAACUGCUUCUGGGGUUGCCCCUAGAAUUGUUCUUAAUUUUGCACAAAGUGUGGGUGGGAGGGAUUCAGUCUGAACAGAUUGUUGUUGUUGUUUAAAAAUUACAAGCGGCCACAAAUUUCGUUUACUUAGCUGAGCUUUUACAAAAAGAAGAAAAAUAUAUGGGGAAUGCACUUAAUUUAAUAAUGAGAGGGGAAUGUGCGUGUGUGCUGGAAUAUCACCGAAGGUACCUGGGGAAAAACGGUACUGUGAAUAAAUGUCACAGGUGACAAAAGGAUCAUACCUUUCCUUCCCUUCUGCUAAUUUCUUAGAUUCCCCACUCCCGGCCUUUAAAAGAUGCUUCUGCAAUUAACUCCACCACCUCCUCCAGCGUUAAUUGCAUGUUUACAGGGCUAAUGAAAUUUACAAAUGGGUUUGGCCCACCUCAAACAAUGAUGAAAAACUAGAGAAGCAAGUUUAAUUACGUCCACCGAGGAGGUUUGCUUGGCGAGGGUGGGGGGGGAGAGGAAAGACAGGGUAUUGAUCAGAGGGGGGGACAGGGGGGAAGGUGACUCAUUUUCUACAGGUCAUUAAUGACCUUAGAUUAUAGGCCUGUAAAAAAAAAAAAAUCCCCUUUCCUGGGAAUGCCUUCGAAUGAUUGUGACUCAUCCCAGUCCGAUGGAUUUUGAUGAUGGUUCUGGUGGGGGCACCUUCUAUCAAAACGCACCCCUAAAUCCUUCGACCCAGGCCAAUCUUCCCAAAAGAGGAACCCCCCAAAACUAUAUUUAAUUCUUCUUAGGGUCUCUCUUUGCUUGUAUGUAAUAGAAUUACAGUUCCUCUUGUUUUCGCUGCUGAUAUAAUUAUCAAUACCUUUCAAAGGAUAUCCCUUUCAGAAAACCUUCAGACACACGUCUCCCCUUCUGUGUUGUGAGAAGAAGGGAAAGCGGAGAGGAAAGAUUUGGGGCGGGGGGGGGGCGUUUAAAGAAGAGAAUUCCACCAGCUACAAAUGGAUUCAGUCUCCAGCCUCAGCAUUAUCCCCCCCCCUCCUGCCUCCUUGCAGAUCAGCCUUUCCAAAGUUUGACUGAAGUUAUGAGGAUAUCUGAGGCUUUGCUAUGGAGAGGUCAGAGGUGAAGACUAUUUUAACCCUAAAAAAGCAUGCCGGUCUCCCUACACCCAGAGUGAAUGCUCCUGCCCCCCCUUACCCCAAAAGCAGAACAAAGCAUGAAUCGGAUUUCACACACACACACACACACACACACACACGAGUAAUACGAUGGAAGAACCAAAGUAUUGUGUUUAAGAUCAUUCCUUCCUCUCUGUCCUUCUUUCUCUCUCUCUCUCUCUCUCUCUCUCCCUCCCCCACCCCACACUCCAGUUUUUCCAAGGAACUGGCUGAGGUCUUUUUUUUGUCUUAGGGCGAAUAGUGGGAGGGGGUGUUUGAAUGGUAUGAAAGGGACGAAGAAGGUCCCGGGCAAUCGAUUUUUCUUGUCCUCUCUGUCUUUUCGGAUCAGUGCCUUUCAAUGGGCAUGGAGGUGCUCUUUCAGACACAAACUUGUGCUACAUUUUCUGCCUGUAUUCCUGCUAAAUACAAUAAAAUGCUGGGCAGAUUCCACACUCGCACUCACACAAAUGCACAAACACACGCACAUACACCUCUUCCACACCCUCUUUUCUUCUUCCUUUGGGUAGAAAGCCCUCUAAUUAAAUUGUUUGAUAUGCCCAGUCAAGACAGGGCAAUUUAAUAUGCAUUAGUAUAAAGAUAUAUUCUGUGAGGAAGCGUUUUUCUACUUUUGCUUAUUAGCAAAAGGGGUUUGGGGGGGGGAAGGGAGGGAGGAAAGGGCUCCUUUUAAACAUCCAGACAUUGACAGAAGAGGGUGCCUUAGUUCUCUUCACUCCUCCCCCCCCCCCAAUUCCUAUUUUACCUGGAUGGAGCAGGAUAUUUAUUUAUUUAUUUUUAAAGAGGGAACCCGCAGAAUCUCGGCACGUACCCGAGUUCUUAAGAAACAUGCCCUUUGUAUUUCUAGCCCAUUUGAACACCCUGGGGGCUUACUUCAGAGUUACCGCGCAUAGGAUCGGGCUGCAGGUCUCUCGGUGAGAAAGGAAGGUGUCGGUUUCGCAGCCCAAAAAGGCCUUCCGAAGGAGAAAUUUGAGGAUGAGUGUUUGCUUGUUCAUUUUUUUUCUUGGAGAAUAAUUGGGUUCCCUAUCCCCUCCUACCCCUAAAGGCACUGGAAGUUACGCAUUCUCACGACCAUGUUCUGGGGUGGCGGUGGAAGAAAACCUAACUGCGUGGAAAGCAUCGUCUCUAUAAUUAUACGAUGGCUCUAAGAACUGCAGGCACCUAUACGUUUAUUUAUGUUUGUUUUAGACGCUCACGUCCUUAUGUUAUUCCAGACAAACAUCUGUCAGCUGGGAGACUCCGUGCCUAUCCUUACCGGAGAGAGACACAGAUGACUAUGAUAUAUAUUAUCAACCCAACAACACAGAAAUACUACGCUCCCCCUCCCCCGUAGUGAAAGAUACACCGAGUGGGCAUGAUCCAAACAAAUUUAACAGCAUGUUCAUGUUGCAGUCCCAUGCACACUUCUUAUAUGGGACUGAACCCCAUUCAAGGGAAUGCGCUGCAGGCGCAUUAAUAGAAAUCGUGAGAGCAAUCUUAUACUUGCCUAGUCAAGCUUGCUGAAUUAAAUGGGAUUUACUCCCAGGUAAGCGGGUAAAGGACUGCAGCUUCAAGAUGCCUUUCUUUCAUUGUGCUUUUCUCUAACAGGACGCGAAAGUGUCUUAGCGUUGACUAGAUCGCCUGUCUGUUUUUAGAGAUACACUCUAGAUUAAUUUCGCCGCGUUCACACGAACCCUUUGGGUCCCAUGCCCAGCAACACCAAAGCUAUGGGUCUCCCAGGUGUUUCCCUACGCUUGGAAGGGCAGGGAAAGGCCUGUUCAGACACAGAACGAGCCUUUUACCCUAAGAUCCUCCCUGGCCACAACAUGUGCCUGUCCUGUCGUGUGAACAAGCUGGCCUAAGAAUUUUCCUGCUUUAUUGGCGCGUCCUAUUCAUUCUUAUCCUAAGCAGGCGGCGGCGGGGCAACCGUUUUAAGGCGAUUUCUUCUUCCUUCUUGGAAAGGCAAUAGUUGAAUCGGUCUCCCUAGAUGAGGUCAAAGAAAAGGUGGGCACAUUUAUCGGUGCGUGAAAGAGAGAGGUAGCAUGACUGAUGGACGGAUGUGGGGGACGAGCGACAGAUGCGACUAAAGAGAUGGAUCCAUACUACACGCAUCUGAAGGACACGUGUACAUACUGCAUGGACACGGAUCCAUAUUGCACGCAUGUGAAGGACACGUGUGCAUUUAUUGCACGUCUGCAUUUCAGGGGUAAACGCUUGAGAGCUCUGUGGAGCCAGGGCUCAUAUUUUACCUCGAGGAAGUGCUUCCUCGGCCCGCACCUGGAUCACAACAGGAAGCCAUUUAUGCGGAAAAACCGCGGUGAGGACCCCACUCGUACUCCAGUGCUGAGCCCACCCCCCCUCCCCCCAUCCCGUCCAUUAUUUACUUCACCGGGCAUGAAAGUCACCGUGAGGCUGCAGAUCCAGCAAGGUGAUCUGGGGGGAUUAUUCCUAAGGAAUCCAGCGGGAAUGAGGGGGUGACUUCGAUUGAAACACGCCCAGGUUCCUGACUCCUAUAAGGGGAAUAGGCAGUCUCUGUCUGUCUGUCUGUCUGUCUGUCUAUCCCACCAUGAAUGGUAUUUUUGAUACCCGCGAUUCCUUGCCCAUUGUAGGUGGACUCCUACCAGAGAACUUAAGUGAAAGUUUCGAAAACGCCUCCUAUAAAUUUAACUUGGCGUGCUCAGAAUUAUAUAUAAAAUAUCCCUCUCUCUGUGUGAGAGAGAAAUUGUUCAGAUAGAAUCCCCCCCUCCUCUCGGCCGCUGCGCCUUCAAUUUGGUAAGCGCGGCGAUUUCAGAGAGUUUUGUUCCCACUGCGGGAGCGUAACUUGCGCGCUCCUUUGCCGAAAGUUUAGGUUUGUUUUGUUUGUUUUUUUAAAAAGGAGGCCGGAGGGGGAGAAUCGACGGAGAGAGAGGAGAACAAUUUUCGUGUCGAGAGCAGGAAAUGGAGUGGAAGAAAGAGAGAGGCGGAAAGUAUCAGGGUCCGAGCCCCUCGCCGCGCUCUUUUCCCGAUUGCGCUGCUGCGCCGCGCGCAUUUCAGGCGCAAUAAAGCCAGCAGACUUAUUUCCAAGGAGCCGCACGUAGGAUCGGUGGGGGGCAAUCUCUCCCUCCCUCCCUCCCUGCUGUCCCUGUGCUAUAAGAGAAGGAGACGUCUGUCUGAGGCAGACCUCACCUCUUGGACAGCCCCCCUCCCUUUGAGACUGGGCUAGCUCUAUUGAUCCAGAAGAGACGCUAGAGGUAUCACCAGGCUAAAUAUUUACCGAUCACACACAAACAGUCAGGUUACCCGAACGAUUUUUCCCUCCCUCCCCUCCUUCUCUUUCUUUCUCCCCACCCCCCUUUUAUUUUACUGCGCGGAGAGCGGAGUGGAAAGGGAGAGAGGGGGGCAAAUCAUUUUAUUAGUGUGUAUAAAGCAAAGAACACAUUCUAAGCAGGAGUGUUUUAAGAUGUGUCUUCAGCGGGAUGAAAAGAGUUAGCGAAAUCGAUACGGAGUGAUUAGGAGCUCCCGGAGUGUCGCGGGUGUGGGGGGAGCGAGAGAGCGCAAGCGAGCUGUGAAUUUCUUAUAUUUGCUAAUCCUAGGUUAAGGGGAAAGAAGGAGAGCGCAACUCAAAGAAAGAGGAGUCUGGACGCGACAGCCGGAGAUUUUCAGGCACGGUGGGGCGGGGUGGGAUGGAUAGAAGAAUGAAAUCGAACCAGGACUGUAAAAUGCUGCCACACAUUUCCUUACCCGGAUUCCCCCAACGCCUCCCCCAUCUCCACCCGCGAAAGUGUCCCUCUUAGCUCGAGGAAGGCGAAAGAAAACCUGGAGGAUUUCUCAAUUAACCCUCUACGAAGCAAGCAAUUGCAUGUGUUUAAUUCCCCCCUCUCCCCAGUUAUUAACCGUGUUUAUGGCACGUUACGAUGGUACUUGGAGGGUAUCUACGUGUGGAUAAAAUAUAAGGGGUUUACGGUUGUGAGAGAGACCGCCACCCAAAGAUGUCAAGAGAAGCCCAGGGGCUGGGAUUGUCAGCUCCUGGGGGUCCAUUUGAUGUCCGACUAUUCCGCUGGUUAGGGUGGGGAGGCGGGCGCAGUAAAUGGAGCGAUUCAGAUCGAUUUGGAGAAGAGGGGCGUUUAAAGCUUGCUCCUUGGUUGAACUUUUCUCAUUUUGCCACAGCACAUUUGCACUCCCCCUUCCACGAGAAGGGCUGUGUCCGGGAGACAGAAGGUUGUGGAACUGAUAAGAUGGCUGGGAGGUGGGAUGGGAGUUGGUGCGUGUGUGCUCCUUUCAAAAGAAGGAUCUUAAUAAACGCACACCUCGACAACUUGGAGAGAGAGAGAUGUUUGCUUCUCUUUCCUCUCCUGGGGUGUCUUCAUUUCAGCUCACGGAAAGGUAGCAGGAGCUGAAAUGUACAGUGGGAGAACAGGCGGAGAUCUUGUAAAAAAAACCCCAACCUCAAACCCCAAGCACAAACACACGUUUUCCGAAGGGAUAGAAAGGUUGAACCGAGUCUUCAUACAGCAGUUCUUCCAGAAAGUCAACUUGUUUCCAAGGAAAGUUCUCUCAAAGUGGGGCAGUUUGGCUGAGGAGGCGUUUGUAAGAGAGAGACCCCCCCCCCGCGCAUUUCGGGUAGACAUUAGAGUUAAGAAGCUGGAGGGGGGCGGGUCAACUAACUUGGCUACAUAAAUCGAAAGGGGGGGGGAGAGAAGCCUUUCCGUAGAACUGCACGACCUUGAGCUAAACUCGCCCCCCCUCAUACAAAUGAUCUCCAUCACCACAUCAGGGGGUGGGGUGGGGAGUCAAAUUUACCUCGAUAUUUUUUAAUGGCUACUUUUUCAGAGCCUACAAUGCUGGUUGGUUUAAAUUCUACCAAACCCCGGGGUAACCCCAGAUUAAAGUUACAGUUCUUAAGAGUCGAACAUUAAUUUUGUGUGUGUGUGUGUUAAAAAACCCACAAGAAAAAAAGGGGGUGCGCACCGUCCAUUCCCCUCUUUGACUAAUUCGUUAGAUUAGAGAUAGGAAAAGUUUGACCUCAAAGGUCGGGUGCAGCUGGGCUUCAUUAACUCUUGCGGCCCCAGCACAGAACCGAGGUUGAAGACCCAAAUUUAAAGCGGGGUGGAGGACGGAGGUGUGACUACGAGGUAGGCGUAAUGUUUGAAAUAAAAUAAUAAAAUAGAAAGGGGGAAAGCUAUGGUAGAUAGUGGGUCUAAUAUCUGCAGGGUUUUAUUUGGGGGUGUGUGUUCCCCACCUGAUUCUUGGAGUCUAGUUUAAAUGUCUGGGAAGAGAAAACAACAACAUUUAUUAUUAAGUUAAAGCAGAAUUUAAAACCGGGCAGCCCAAUCCUAUGCACGUUUCCUCUAAAGUAAGUCCCACUCACCCCCAGAAUGUGCACAGGGUCGUAGCUUCCCCAUCAAUUAACUGCUGCCAGUUAUAGAUGCAUUCCCUAAUCACAAAUUUCAAAAUGUGGAUUUUAAUUGGAGCUGUAAAAAGAAGAGAGAGAGAGAGAGGUGUUCUGUGAAACGAUCUAAGCACAUCUCUUGUUUCCUGAAAUUCCUUCUAAGAGGUUAGGGGUGAUGAUGGUGGAAUUGGGCCCCACAAUAUGAACUCUCUGCAUCCUAUAGCUGAGAAAGAAAGGAGGAAAUACAUCUUAAUUCACAAGCCACCUUCAUGUUACCCAUCUGGAGUGAUUCACAUUUAUUGCAGCACAUUGGUAUGUAUUGCAAUCAGUUAAUUUGUUGACGAAUCAUGUAAAACCAGAAGCAACCCUUUAAUGAGUUGGUAGCCAAAGAUGGCAAGUACUUUUACAAGAGGACAGUCACAAGCAGCCUUUCACACACAGGAAGUCUGCACGGAUAUAACUAGCAUGCAGUAGAAAUGUAUGUGUGCCUGCAUGGUAAACAUGCAUAUGUAUGAAAUAUGUAUAAAUAUACAUGCAUGUGUUUGCAGGUGCACUGUGCACUCAUAUAAUAUCUAAAUGUGCAGAUAGACACUUCCACUACAAGAUGUUCAUAAGAACACACUACAAAAUACACAUCUCACAAUCCUGUUUGUAAAAUUGCUUACUUUGCACGAUGAGCCUCUUUAUCAGACAAAAAUGUGAAUUUUAAAGGAAGCAGGAAAGUUGACCUCUACAGUUAACAUAGCUGCAGCAAUGGAUGCAUUCCCCCCCCCCCCCCCGAAGCCCUGGUCCAAAAAAUGAUUUAGCCUUAGGAGGAAGGGAAAAUGUAUCUUUAUGUAACUGCUGGAAUAUUUUUUUGGUUUGAACCUUUUAAGCAUCACUGCCUCCUCUACAUUGAAGGUGUGUGUGAGUGAGUGAGUGAGUGAGUGAGUGAGAAACUGUAAACAUCUAUCUGUUCUGAGCCAUAAUUUUAGAAUAUUUUAACUGUUCUUAUAUUCUGAAUUGAUUCCUUGAUUGCCAUUUCAUUAAAAAAACAAGUUGCAUGUUUCAAGCCAGCAGGUUCUAUAAUGCACACCCACAAAAAUCAUUGUACAGGAGCCAUCAUAUUCCUAUUUUAAUGGUUUUCUCUCCCAUCUGAAAAAGAGACCAACUAUAAAGAAAUGAAUGCAUGUUCAAAUAAAUAAAUAUGUUGAAAAGUGAGCUCCAUAUAUAUUAAAGGCAUAGUCAAAUUAUUUUGAUAGCUUCCUGUUAUUUUUUACACAGGCAUUCCAAAGACUGGUAAGAAUGAAACAGUUUCCAAAUGUUUUUAUUCAACUGAAAAUGCCAGUUUGAGGGGGAAAAUUAAAAUAACCCAGAUUACAGAAACCUCUCCUUUCCUUUCUUUUCCUUUCCUUUUCCAUAACAGAUAAUUUCAAUAACCUGACAACAAGGAAAUAUUGUGGAGUCAUUUCUGGUGGGGUGUUUUUUUUUUGAAGCAUAUUCCCAAACUAAGGAACAAAAUUGCCUCCAAACAUGGAAAACAAGGGCUUAAAAAAAAUCACAUCCCUUAAAAAACAACAAAACAGAAUCACUUUAGACUUCUCUGCAUGUAUCUAUAUUGCAAGUCAAUGUUAAACAAAUGGGAGCUCAAAUUAAUUCAAUGUGACAUUUUAUUAGUUUCCAGGCCCUGUGUUAAGGUUUAUCUAAACAAAGAACUGGCCUUUGGAUCACACUAUAAACCUGAACUGAUCUAUGGGCUGUAGCAUAAAGGAGAAGCUCUCAGUCGAGAACCCAUAUGACUUUAGCAGAUAGAAAAAACAGCAACCCACAAAACCCACCACAUAUUAACGAGCCUUGUAAUUAUUAGCGCACCCUUGAUCCUCUUGCCUGCAAGAGCCUAGGAUUUCCUUGCAAAGAUUUUAAGUGCCUCUUUAAGAUGGUGUCUCCUAAAAUGAGUUAAGACGAACUGCUCUCAAACAACAGUUGAAUACUUGUCUAAAAGGGGAUGUUUAAACUCUACUUGUUUGCCCAUCUGGCCCCCGUCCUCAAAUUGACUUUUCCUUGUCUCAUUCCUCUUCCCAAUGAUGACACUAAGUUUGGUAUCAAAUAUUAUUUUCUGUGUUGCUGUUCUAAAAAUAAAGUAAGCAAACAUUUAUUUUCAUAAUCUUGCCUGUUUAAGUGGGGUAAAUGGAAUGAAGAUCACAUCACAUUGAAGAGUUAAAUCACAACUGGAAAAAGAAGUUGUGAAGUACCAGAUACCUUGAAAAUGGUAUCUGUGGUUGUCGGAUAAGCUUGUUGUGAAAGUUGCAAAAUACAUUUUUGUGAAAAAUGAAGUUUUAAACACCUCUCAUAGGCAUCUUUCCUUAUGAUCACCCCCCACCUAAUAAUACUACCACAAUCAACUUCCUCUGUGUCAUAGGAUCAAUGUAGCUGUAUGUAUGUACUGUGUUAUAUACAGGCUGUCAACCAAUUAAAAAAUCGAGUCAAUUAAUAAGUUGCCUUUUCACCAGUUAAUUGAUUGAUCAAUGAAGUACAUUGGCAUGUUACCAAAAAAACUCAAGGGGUCCCAUUUUGACUUACUGAAAGAAGUGUGAAGAAAUUUUCAGUGUUAUAAUCAUUUCCUUCCACCUCCCCCCCCUUCCCUGUUAUGGGGACAGAAUAGAAUCAAAAUAGGCUAAAAUAAAUACUUAACUUUAACCUGUGUCCUUAAUGAUCAAAACUGGCCUCUACUUUAGUUAAUUAAUCUACCAAUUAAACCAAUAUUCCAGUUAAAGCAUAUACACACUUGGUUAAAAUAAUCUCAUCGAUAACACCUCUCUAUCCCACUCUUUCACCGUUUCAUUCAUUGCUUUAGAUUCUGUAUUCUAAGGUGUAUUUCCAGAGAUCUAUUUAUUUAGCAGAACACAACAUUCUUUUGCGCCUCUACUGCACUUGUAUGGGUAUCUGAUGCCCAGCACUGAGUCUCCCUGAGACUUAAGAAGGAGAACUCACAAUAACAUUUGUACAUUUGGUAAUUAAACACCUGCAUCUUGCAUUCUGAAAGUUGAUCUUGCAAAGUUUGCCAUUUUUCAUCCACUGCAACUAUUUUUGUUUAAAGGUUACAUUUAAAUAUAUCCACCUUGUUCUGGCAACCACAUUUCAAGCUAUUUUACAACCAUGUUUGUGUUUAGUACAGUUCUGUGAUUUUAAAGUCUCUCUCUCUCUCUCUCCCUCUCCCUCUCUCUCUUAUGAAGCUUGUCCAAUUUUAAAGGACAUUAUAAUUUUUGGGGCCGGGGGAGGGAUUUUUUUUACAUUACUUGAAAGCCACAUGCUUCUGUCAUGGUGUACAUUGUAGAUGAUCAGGGCAUGGUUUUGCCAUAAUGUAGUGUUUACACCCCCCCAAGCUCCUGUAAUUUAUCACUUUAAAAAAAUCGUCCCAAUUUUGGCCCACUUCAAGCAUCUGUAUUUUCAUCUUUUUGGGUUUUCAUAUAGAAGAGGAAAUUGACAAGCUCACAGCCACAGAAUCUUAGAGCACGUCUGUUUUUGAAAUAGAGGCUAGGGGUCAAAGGGCAGGGAGUUUUACUUUUAUUAUUAUAAUACUUUUAAUAGUUUUAAGUUUCAGGGCAACAAUGCAGUCAUUUUGAUAAGGGAGCUCAUGUGUUUCUGUGACACAUAACCCCCCCCUCUAAAUAACAAAAAGAAGAAAUUAUACCCCUGCUAAAUUAAAAAACAGGGCAUAUGUUAAGUAUGGUUCAUAUUACGGACUUCAAAAUUCUUUGCCAUUGCAGGGAAAGUCUCAAACAUUUCCUGAACUCUGUAUACAGCCUCAAAAUAGAGGGUUUUGUUUUCAAAGUUGUUGACAAGCACCCUUUGGCAUACUUAAAAUGGAGACCAUUUAAGUUCUAAUCAGAGUAGAUCCAUUGAAGUUAAUGAACCUAAGUUAGAUUUGUCCAUCAAUUUCAGUGGUCUCCUCUAAGCAGAACAUAUAUUGGCUAUCACUUGAUUUAUUCAGCAACAUACAUUUUACUGACUGGUUAACUGAGGUUUCCUAAGCCAUAUGGGAGAGAACUUUUCCCUCAUAAGCUGAAACACUAUUUCAUGUCUAUGACAUUUCAUGGCUACCUGGUCUAGUAAGUCUUCAUCCAUUCUCUGCUGGGUCUACCAAAUUUGAAUCAGCAAAACUUGUCGUCUUAUAAUUUCAUUCAUAAGGAAAAUUCUAUGAUGCCAACAAUGACGGUUUGUAAGUUGCAAGAAAGGAGAGAUCUUUCAACUUUAAUGCUAUGGUCCUUGCAUUGUGUUUUCAGAUCCUAUUAAUUUAUUUUAAACCAGUAACAUCCCAUUGGUAAACCACAGGGCUUCAUGAGCCAGCAAACAAGCAUAUAUAUCACAACGGAACCUAAACACACCCAAAAUUAAAAGAAGCAUCAAAGCAUGCCAAAAGCAGCAGAGAAGAAGGAGUGCUGUUUUCAGAUUCUUUGUAAAAGUCAUGGUGCCAUAGGAAACUGCUUUAUUCGGAGUCAUCCUAUUGGUCCAUCUAGCUUAGUAGUGUCAACACUGACUGGCAGUGGUUCUCCACGGUUUCAAACAGAGAGUAUUCACAGCCCUACCUGACAAUGCUGGGCUUGGAAAUUAGGACAUUCUGGGGGCAAGGACAAUGCUUUAUCACUGAACUAUGGCCCUUACCCUGAUGGCAAGUCAAGGGAAGGGUGUUCCAGAGCUUAGGCACCACAACCAAAAACUCCAUUCUCUCUGCUGAUAUCCAUCUUGCUCCAUUCUUUCUGAAUAACCUCUUAAUGAUCUGGAAAACUCACAUGGGUGUGUAUAAUACUCUCUGGGUACCUUCAUUCAAAGCCUUUUAGGGCUUGUGCAUAUGCAGGUGAUAUGUUAGUAUGUGUUUGUAGUGUUUUUUCAGAGGGUUGUACUAGCUAGAUGAACCUUGGGAUAUCUUACAACUCUGCAAGUCUAUGAUUCUAUGUACCUGAUAUUUCACCCAAGUUCAUGGACUUCUUAACUGGAAGAGUCCCUCAAAUGGAAGAGGAUGCCUUCACCCUGGUAUGGCCCCCCCUUUAUCACAUACACAGCUCAACAAGACAACGGCAAGAAUCCACCAAAAGCAUACAGAUCAAUAUGGCUAACCUGAUUAAAAAAACCCACCCCACUCACACAUGAAAACAAAGUUCACCACAGCUAAUCACAAACAAACAACCACACCCUAGGCGAACCCCAACCUCUCUCACCACCAAAGGAACACAAGCGAAUAGUAAAGAGAACCCGCACAAGCGACACUGACACAAAACCCCACAUGUUAAGUAAAAUAGAAACAUUGCCACCCGACUCCACCCCCACUCACCAUGGCCCCCCCUCCACCUCUUUCCCCCUUUUCUUCCUAAUGUGACACUAAUGUCUCAACAAAUGAAACUGAUCUGUAGAAAAUGUAACUUGCAAAAAGAGACAUUGCACAUACUUUUGUGAACCAAGAAAUCUUUAAUAAAAAUACAUUUUAAAAAACACACUGGGAAAGUCCCUUGCUACCAGAGUCUGUGGGGGUCCAUGCAUAUAGAGAAGUAACCUAUAGACUAGAAUGGAGUGUCUCCAGAGAAUAUAGGUGGCCCUUCCUGUUCUAGGGUGCAGCCCAGGAGUUUGGGACCUCCUUAUCAACCCAAGUGACCAGAGUGGUGAUGCAAACAGAACAGUCUCCUCCUGCAUCUUUAGUAGGAGCAAAUAAGCUUUGUCUUUGUUAAUCUUUGCUCCCUGAGCUGCUUAUUGUAGGGUCCCUUAAUAAGAUUCAGAGCAACCUCUGGAUUCCCCAAACGGCUGUCUGAAAACUUUUGGCUAAACCAGGUGACCACUUUGACAACAUCUAGGUCUCUCCCAGCCAUUUUCAGAAAGAGGAUCACAUUCCCUCCCCCUACUCAUAUUUUGUUGAAGAUGUUGUGUUUGUUUGUUAUGCCCCUACACAUCAAAUUAGAAAAAGCACACAGAUUUCUGUGAUCUGCAAUUGAAGGCAACUCAAGAGAGAAAAAUAAAAAUUUCAGAAGCAAGGAUGGGCGAUUAUAGAGAACUUAUUGAGUGGCGUAUUAUUGUGGGAUUAAUUUUUGGGGGUGGGUGGGAGGCAAAGCUGUGACUGGAGGGCAGGAGAAACACCGGCUGUCCCCCCCCCUUCUCAAGGCAUUGCUAACUUUUAUGAUAUUUCUCCCUGCUCUCUCUCUCUCUCUCUCUCCUUUCUACUAUCUGCCUUUGUGCCUUCAGGGGCAGUGAAAGAAGACUGCCGAUUCUAGAUUGCUUUCAGAGUUUGCUUUGCUGAUGAUGGAUUACCAUGUCAAUUUAAACAGCAUAGGAUUAAUUUGUUUCAAUGAUUUCUCUUUAGGCUGAAUGCCAGCCUUUCUUCCCUUCUUGUUGUUGCUUUCUAUCUCUCCCUUUGCUCUUCAGAAUAAGAAUAAGAAAAAAAAUAAUGCUGUCCACCACCAAAUCCCUUUCAAUGCCCCCCCUUUCUAAAAAAAAGGACAAUAAUAGAAAUGGACAAGUUAGGUGUAAAGUUGCAAUACAGUCGCAGGUUUGAGUGUGUGUUUUUAUCUCAUUUGCAAAGGCUGAAGCCUCCUGUCAGUCACAUUAAAAUGAAAUUGGAUCUAACAUUUAUUCAAUAAAUACUUCUCUUGUAGGUAAUCCUGAGCAGAGUGCUUUUGACACACAAGGACUUAAUUUAUCUCAGAUAAGAAGUUAUUAAUAUGGUACAUUUAAACUUGCCACCUACAGUAAGGUCAUUCAGAUCUUUAAUGUGAUUCAGAAAAAUGGGUUUGAGGGGGAGAAGGGGACCAAGUUUGAGAUGGCAUUCUAUGUGUCAGCAGUGGGAGGGAAACACAAUAGUUAGUGCCAGGGAAAUAAGGUCCUAUAGUGGAAACAUUGACCAUCAUUUCCGCUCAUCCUGAGUUCGUUGGAGAGUUCAUUGCUUUUGAACCUGACUUUUCCAUCUGCAAAGCAGGAAUGAUAGGAACAUAAGGAGGCUGCCUUACACUCAGUCAGAUCAUUGGCCCACCUAGUUCAGUUCUGUCCACACUGACUGUCAGCAUCUCUCCAGGGUUUCAGGCAGGGGACAUUGCCUGGUCUUCCUGAAGAUCCUUGGGGUUCUAUCUGGGACCUUAUGCAUGUAAAGCACAUGCUCUACCACUGAGCUAUAGCCCUUCCUCAAGAAGUGAGGAGGCUGUAUUAUUUGCUGGUCAAACAGUUUGUCCAACCAGCUUGGUAUUGUAUACUCCAGGUGUGAGGAACCUCUGAUCCUCCAGAUGUUGCUGAACUACAAUUCCCAUCAACAUGGGCAACGGCCAGGGUUGAUGAGAGUUGUAGUUCAGCUACAUCUUGGCAGGCUAAUCUUCCCACACACCAGAAUCAACUCUCCUUGAAUCCCAAAAUGAAUCUUUUCCAGUCCUACCUGGAGAUUUUGGACAUCAGACCUGGGACCUUUUGGAUGCAAAGCUCCUGUUCUGUCACCGAGCCACAGGCCUUCUCUGAAUGUUGUUUCCACCCUACUCUGUAUAAAUGCCUGAUCUGUAUAAAAUGUAGUGGGCGAAUCUUCCCGCCUGCCAAGACAUAUAUUGUAUGUACCAGAAGGUUCUUAUGGCAACCAGACAAGCUGCUUCAAAAUCAACCCAAUAGGUGCAACGUGGGCUUUUACACUUUUGUGUAACAAUGCAUUUAUGUAUAAAAAUUUUCAGGCACCUCCAUAGGCGUGAUGAGGUGGUUAAAAGUUCAGAAGCAGGAAAGCUAGCUUAAGUGAUGUUAGACACGCAUUGGAGGAGAGAGGCGUAUCAUUUGGAAGGGUGACAGUCAACUUCCCCCAACCUGGUGGCCUCCAGAUGUUUGGACUACAACUCCCACCAGCCCCAGAGCUGUGUUUGUUGGGAGAGGAAAACAGUAUUCUAAAACAUCUGGAAGGCACCAGGUUGGGGAAGAGUGGCUGAACUAAAGCCCAUUCUGCUUAUUUAUUUGAUCAAUUAACGACGUCUCACAUCGUAUGAUGCAGCCACCUUUAUUCAUUAUUUAAUUAAGUGUAUUUAUAUCCCCCUUUCUCCCAAGUUGGUUUUCAAGGCAGCUUACUAUUUUUUUUAAAAAACCCCAUUAUAAAAUACAAAGUUAGAAAAACAAACUAGUUAAAAGCAAUAGUUAAAAUAUAGCAUGCUAAAACACAUUUAAAACAAGCAUCAAAGUACAGUUUGCCCUGACAGAAGGCAAAUGAUCAGCUUUGUAUUAUGAUCAUUCUACCUUGCUGAAGCUAAGGUUUGCCUGGGUCAUAUCAGUACUUAGAUAUGUGAUUACCUAGGGACUCUCUUGUAUGGCACCUUGGGUUCUGUUGAAGAAAGGUGGGAUAGGAACACAGGAUCACGGGAAACGGCUUUAUGCCAAAUCAGACAAUUGGUCAAACUAGCUCAGUGUUGUCAACAUUGACUGGUAAAGGGUCUUCAGGGUUUCAGGCAAGGUUCUCUCCCAGACCUAUCUGGAGAUGCAGGGAAUUGAACCUGGGACCUUCUGCCUGCAAAGCAGAUGCUCUAUCACUGAGCCAUCUACUAUCUUCUCUGUAGAUUGAGAAGAUGACUGGCGGGCAGGCUGGUUUCAUGCAAGAAGUCUUGGUCUCAAGUUGUUGAGGCCAUUGUAUGCUAACAACAGAACAUAUGAAGCAAUAUACCAUAUUGGACCAUUGGUAUUGGUAUCUAGCUUGGUAUUGCCCACACUGGGUUGCAGCAGCUCUCCAGGGUUCCAGACGGGAAUAUUUCCAAGCCCUUUCUGGAGAUGCUGGGGACUGAAACCAUGACCUUCUACACGGUGUACAUCUAGUUCCCAGAAGGUCACCCAUCCAGGUUCUGACCAGAUCCAGGCCUCCAGUAAGGUGACAUCCUCCUGUGCCUUCAGACCAUACUCUGGGACUUACCAUUAUUUCUGGGAUUUAUCAUAAAAUCUGCUUGUGAUAUCCUAGUAAGUUGACAACAAAUGGAGGAGGAACUUUCUGGUUCACCUCUCAUCACCAUGCAGUACAAUCUCAUGCAUAAUUACUUUUGGAAAUAGAUCUAACAGUUCCCUGGGGGGUUUACUUCUGAGUAAGUGUGUUCAGAAUUGUGGUCUUGGCUACUUCAUGAUGUGAAGUCGUCUUGUUGAUGAAGAUAAUCUACUUAUAUAAAACAAAUAAGGAUGCCAGUUAAAGUUACUUUCCCCAUUUAUCCUAGGAAUUCCUGAGAAUGGUUCUAAUGGAAAGUGCCAUGUGACAGUGCCACAUGUUUUCUAG